UCCGACUUCCUCCCACAUCCACAACAUGCAGACAGAAAUGUUUGAUGUCUUAAUAAUAGGAGGAGGGCCUCAUGCCUUGACCCUUGCUAGCUUACUGUCCAAUCCUGACCAUGAGUCCGGCCAGUCCCCAUCCUGUCCGGACAUGCUCCCUCUAAAGCCUCAGCAAACCCCUGAAACAUUCAACAAGAUACCCUGCAGCACUAAGAAGGACAGAAGACCAAUAACUGGGAUUUGUAUUUUUUAUUUUUUUUUGGUCCAUGUAUCAGGGCCAAGACAACAGGACCUUUGCCCACCACUGGUUCUCAGAGUGGUUGAUUCGUACGGGGAGUGGAUCGCUCUGUGGGAGAGCCAGUUCACCGCUCUCCACAUCCCUCAUCUCCGCUCACACACCCUUGUGCACACAGACCCUCACAACCAGAAUGCGCUGCAGGAGUUUGUACGGAAGUACAAUCGCUCGGCAGAGCUUCACAGCCUUUCAGACCAGGUUUAUAUUCUGGACGACAACGCAUUUUUUAAUGACAUGAGGCUUGGCAAGAAAGAACGAAAACGUCUAAACACUUCAACUCUGAAGAAGAACUCAUCCUUCAGUCUGCCAGGAACAAAACUAAGCGUGGAUUUCUUUAAGGAUCAGGUGAACAGAUACAGCUUGGACAAAGUAAUCAUAAAGGGGACUGUGGAGAACAUCAUUCCUGUGACUGAAGCAGAGGAUCAGGCUGUAAGAGAGACAGAGGAGAAUGGAGUGAGCACCAAAGUGGAACAUUUUCAAGUCCAACUUCAGGAAGGAACCAUCCUAAAAGCUCGCCAGGUUAUACUGGCGACAGGUCCGACUCGUGCUCAAAUGGCAAACAUCCCCACCUGGGUGACAAACAUUGGAGAGAGUUACCCAGAAGAGCGACUCCAGCACACUGUGCACCUCAUGCACCAUCUGCCAACUGCUCAGAGAAUUCUUGCAGAAAAAGCUUGCCAGAAGCAGAAAGAGACUUCCCCUGCACAUGUAUGUAAUUCAGGGCAACGUGUCAUGGUAGUUGGUGGGGGUCUGACCAGCGCUCAUGUCAUCUCAAUUGCCCUGCAGCAAGGUGCCAGUCAUGUGACAUGGGUCAUGCGAAAGCAUCUCCAGCUAAAACAGUUUGAUAUGGGUGAUGUGGAGAGCCUAGUGGGUCGGUACGCCCAUUUGGAGCAUGGUAUAAAGAUGGAUGGCCAAGCCUACCUGCGACAGUUCUACAAUGAAAGGAGUCUUCAUAAACGACUGGCUAUGGUUCGCCAAGCAAGGAAAGGAGGGGCAGUCACCCCAGAGGCCUACACUCAACUCCAACCAUUUAUACUGAGUGGACACGUGGACAUUAAGACAUGCUCUCAGGUGAAUGAAGCUACUUGGUGCUACAGGACUCAGCUCUGGAAGCUUUCUCUCAGCAAUGGGGACCACUGGAUUGGGGAUAUGAUCUGGCUGGCAACUGGGUGCAAACUAGAUGCCAUUCAAGACCCACUGCUUUCUGGUGUAAUGAAAAAGUUCCCAAUUCAGGUGAUAGAUGGUUGGCCAUGCAUAUCAGAAAGUCUACAGUGGGCACCAGGGUGCCCCCUGUAUCUGAUGGGGCAGUAUACGGCUCUUCGGGUUGGACCUCACGCAGUGAACCUGGCUGGUGGACAGGCAGCAAGCGUGCGAAUUGCACAAGACAUCAUUCGCUGGCACAAACAGCAAAAUAAUGAUGCGACUGCGCUGUGCAUCAAGAGACGUAAAACUGAAGAGUACAUUCAGCAGAUGAAAGGCCUGUUGUGGCUAUGAGUGGAUCAAUAAAUGAACACGUAAAGACCUGCUUCAUAUAUCGAAACUAUAACAUACAGUAGUGUUCAGAAUAAUAGUAGUGCUAUGUGACUAAAAAGAUUAAUCCAGGUUUUGA